AUGGACAACCAUCAGCAGCUGAUUGUACGGGAAUCCAAUCGUUACGAUGAUAUAUUGCAAUUUGGUUUCGACGAUCACUACCGAAACAGUACACUGAAAGCCAUAGCAAUGAUCGGUUGGCACCGAAACCGAUGUCCAACGGCUAGACUAUUGAUGAAACUCGACGACGAUGUGUUUGUCAAUAUUGAUCUACUCGUACGGGUAUUACCCGAUAUUAGCCGGUCACCAGGUAUACAUGGUCAUGCACAUUUGGCAGCACUGGUACCCCGCUAUCGAUACGAAACCAAUUAUGUAUCGCCCGAAGUCUGGCCAAGCGAUUCAGAUGCCGUACCGGUUACGGUAGCCGGUGCUGCCUAUAUUAUGGACAACCAAUCCAGGGAUACACUGUUGGCCGGACUGGCCAAACAUCAGGACAUACCGGUUGCUGGUGUACCCGAAGAUAACUUUCUGAUUGGUUUUCUGGCCAAUCGUACGGGUGUUUGGCGUCAUCAUAGCCAGUGGUUUCGUGCCGAUCGGUGCUGGUGUCCGACCCGUUUGCAUACCAUACCCGUACACUUUGAGUGUCCAAAUCAGCGUAAAGUUUGGCAUACAUUUACUACUACUAGUGGUAAUAGUAGUGGUGGUGUCGGUAGUAUUUUCUAUUAUUGA